UAUUCCUUCACAGAAACGAGAGCAGCCCAGUUGCUAGUCGCAGUACACCGCAGGUUUCUAUCCGGAUUGCACCAACCAGCACCCAGCAUGGCAGACAAGGAACCCAGGGAGAAUGGUGCCACUCCGUCCACAGCGUCAGUGGCGUUAUACAAUUUGGUGAGAGAAGACCACGUGCGAAUGGCGCUCACCGCAGACAAGGGCGCUGCUGCGAACAUAAUUUCCUGGAAGGUGGUAGAUUUCACCAAAAGGGGUGAUAAUUACCUGUGCUUGGUGACCAGCGUGGAGGUUCAGUACGUGCUGGACGGCCGAAGCUCCGAGGUGGUGUACGUGGUGAAAAUCAACUCGGGCAAGAUGUUCGGCGGCGAGAGUUUUCUUGAUUUAGUCUUUGAAAAAGAAUCGAAGUUCUACCUCGAACUUGCGCCACAGAUCAAUUCUGUUUUAAAGGGAAUUGGCCGCAGAGAGAUCAACAUUCCGAAAUGUUUCCAUGCUAGUCUGGAGAAAGGAAAGGAAAUAAUAAUCCUGGAAGACCUGCGAACUAAAGGCUACAAGAUGACUGACCGUAAGCGUGGGCUGGACAAGGCUCACACCACCCUGGUGGUCCAGGAGCUGGCCAGACUCCACGCCGCCUCCCUCCUGCUGCAGAGCAAGACUCCUGGCGGAGACCUUGGGGAACAGCUCCCCUAUAUGAAGAAAGGCUUGUCAUAUUUGAUGCGUAAUUAUAAUUCCAUGCUGACUUCUACAAGAAACAGUGCAAUAGUUGCCCAGAACAUUAUGAACAAAGUGGGAGGAUACGAGAGGGUGACUGCCUGGAUAGAAACCAUCAUCCCUAAGCUAGUGGAUAUAUUUUAUGAGCAGAUGGAGUGCGGCGAGCCCAAGGUGGUGUGUCACGGGGACUGCUGGAACAACAACCUACUCUUCAGGUACAGCGAGGCCGGACAUCCCGAAGACGUAAUGCUGGUUGACUUGCAGCUCUCGCACCACGCCCCUCCGGCCACUGAUCUCAACUACCUCCUGUUUUCCAGCAUGACCGGGGACGUCAGGAAACCUAAUAUAGAACACUUCCUGGGUUCCUAUCACAGAACUUUCAGCAACAUCAUGGAAGGUGGUGGCCAGACAGUGCCAUUCACGCCGGCGCAGCUCCUUAAGGAUUUCAGGGACAGGAACACCGUCGGCUCAAUACUGGCCAUGAUUUUCGUGCCCUUAGUGCUCUUUGAGACCGAGAAACCUGUGGAUUCAACCAAAGACUCCGAGGACCUAAAUGAAAUCCUGCUGGAGGCGAGAGAGAAUUCCAUGAAGACAUUGGACACGAACCCUCUUAUAAAGUCGAGAUAUUUAUCCGUUUUCGACGAACUGUUGGAAUUAGGAACUAUCCCAUGAGAGAGAGAGAGAGAGAGAGAGAGAGAGAGAGAGAGAGAGAGAGAGAGAGAGAGAGAGAGAGAGAGAGAUUAUAUUUAUUUGGCCAUUAAUCAAAUUAUAUUUGAUCACUUACAAAUGAUGGUAAUGCAGCUAGGUUCAAUAAGCUACAUUUAUUUGGCCAUUAAUCAAAUUACAUUUCUUAAAUACUGGAACAAUGCGGGCAAUUUUCAAGUGGUCAAGAAAGGAACCUUCAUCAAAAGAUUUGUUUAUAAUAAAGACCAAGAAUGGA